AUGCCAAAAGAUUAUGGGCCAGAGUACAUAGAAUUGAACAAUAUCGAAGAUUCCAGUGAACCACAUGCAUCAACCACCAAACAACCAACAUGGAACUUUACAGACUCACAACUUCAACUUGUAUUGUUACGUCUUGGCGUUAUCAGUGACGAGAUAUAUGGCACCGAUUUCCUUGUUUCAAAUAUACAAAUCUCACCAGAAUCACGCUAUAUGAUUGAUAAAAUCAAUGAACUACCCGUUUCUACAGCCAUUGAAAUAGUUCGUGAUGCAUUAGUGGACCAUAAGGGAGACGUCAAUUUUUUAAACGAAGAUUAUCAAUUGCUUGAAAGAUUAGUGAGUCAAAUUCCUGAAAAUACAGACGAUCUUGAAAUCAAACACGAAAUUGAAGAGAAAUAUGUUGAUACAUUCAAAAAUAAGACAUAUCUUCACAUUGUGGAUUGGCCAUUGCAAGUGAGACUCGAAGCAGCUUUGAUUCAUUUUCAUUCACCUUAUCCAGAGAUACGAGCCAUAACUGAACCGUUUGAUGAUCCAAGCAUCCCUGUUGAGACAUUUAGAGUAUAUUUCAUUGGACUUUUUUGGACAUUUGUGGGGUCGUUGAUUAAUAGUUUCUUUUACCAUAGAAUGCCAGGUAUUUCAUUAGGUACUCAUACAAUCCAGAUAUUGCUUUUACCAAGUGGGAAACUUUGGGAGAAAUUAGUUCCUCAUAAAACCAUUCAUAUUGGUGGGUAUUCAAUUGAUUUAAAUCCUGGGCCAUGGACAUUUAAGGAAAUGAUGUUGAGCACAAUCAUAUACCUGUGUUCUGCAGGUACACCAUAUCUGAUUAACAAUAUUUUUGUGAUGAAGCUUGAUAGAUUUUAUGGAUUAAAAUGGGUGACAUGGAGUUUUCAAAUAUUGUUCACUUUAUCAACACAACUUCUUGGGUUCAGCUUUGCAAUGAUCAUGAAAAAGGUCUGUGUUUACCCCAGUAAAGCGCUCUGGCCUACCAUUCUUCCCACCAUAGCAUUGAACAGAGCAUUAAUGAAUGAAGAUGAGAACAAUGCAGUUCAUGGAUGGCGUAUCUCCAGAUAUUCCUUUUUCUUGGUGGCUUUCUGUGCCAGUUUUGUAUAUAAUUGA